AGGAAGCAAAGGCGCGACAGGAGCUUGAGCGCUGCAAGGCGAAGUUCGAAAAGCGCCGGCCACCCAAAAGCCCUGAGUUGUCCAGGCUCUUGCACAAACUCAAGCGGAACGUGGCGCGUGAAAUGCGGGACGCGCAGCAGGGCUUUGUGAUCCAAAAGGUGACGGAGAAGCACGGCAAGACAGAGGUUCGACGCGUGGCAGUUUGUCCCCACACCCGGAUCCUCAAGUGGUGCCAUGCAAACGAGUCCUUCGGUCCAACUUCUAAGACUUUGGAGUUGCGACUUGUGCAAAAGUUGGAGUUCGGCCCAGCCGCUCGCGCUGCCAAGAUCCUUCCAGAGGUAUCACCUUGGCAUUGCUUCUCCUUGGUCACAGCUGAAAGGUCCUACGAUUUUAUCGCUUCAAAUGAGAACUCAACUCGUUGCUUUGUGCUGUCUAUCUCCAGGUUGUGCGAGGGCACAGCUGAAGGGAUCUUCCGGACACGGCACGAUUUCGAAGUGACGAAGGGCUGGGCUCGGCUGAAACUAGGCUGCAAACGCCGUGGCAGCUCUGUGACACAGGAUUUCCUGGUGGCGCUACAGAAGGUGGGUGCCACGCUCCCCAAACCAACUCCCAAACUGAUGAUGCCCACGGACGAGGCCUCUUCAAAGCCGAUGGACCUCUUCGACUUCUGCAAUGAGCCGAAGGAGGAGCCACCGCAGCGCACCAUAUCUACAGGCUCUGGCAUACCGUCCUUCAACAGCAGCGCUGGCGGGGCCACUACGCCCAAGAGUGCGGCUGGUGGAGCGGCUUCGCCCAAGAGCAACAACGGGUCCUUCAAGCCGCUGGGGAGGCUGGCUUCUGCCACAGAUGAUCUCGGAGCCAAUGCCAGGGGCUUAAUGGCCUGGAUGACGCCCUUCGGAUCGUCUGGAGCUGUGUGGCCGAAAGCUGGUGAGACAUGGGUCUUCACUGGUGCUGUGGAGCACGUGGAUCUCUACCGCAGCGCAGAGGGCAGCGAGUGGGUCAACGAGAUGACCUGUCGAUCUCAGAGUGAACGCCGGAUGGUCACCAUCAUCUCUGCACUGCCACAGCAGAACAUGGUGGAAAUCAGGGCUCGUAUGGUUGACGACAACGGAAACUGGUUAUUGGAGAAGGCUCCAAUGAAGUGAUUGUUUCGCUUGCGCGGGCUCCGCUGAUGAAAUCAUCGGGGGCCGUGAAUCGACAAACGACGAAUCAAGAGAUGACAAAAA